CUACCGCUUACUUGAUCAACAUGACCACACUAAGAAGAAACAUCAGUUUUGCCACUUCUGUCUCAAUAACUUACCUGGCAACUGCUCCUCUCUUAUACAUCACAUUCAUUGCUAGUAUCAUAGCCAAUGGCUUUUAUCUGUGGGUGCUAAGAUUCAAGAUGAAAAAGACAAUCAAUACUCUCUUAUUUUUCCACCUCAUUCUCUCAUACUUAAUUUCCUCGUUGAUUAUACCUUUUAAGAUCACCUCUUUCCUUCAAAGCGAUCACUGGAGCUUUGGGAUUGCCAUGUGCAAAGUCUUCAAUAGCACCUUUUCCUUGGGGAUGUUUGCCUCUGUUUUUAUCCUAAGUGCCAUUAGUCUUGAUCGCUAUAUUCUUACUCUUCACCCAGUAUGGUCACAGAAACACAGAAACAUUCAUUGGGCUUCCAGCAUUCUCACAGGGAUUUGGAUCUUUGCUACUAUCUUCAGCAUUCCAUAUCUGAUAUUCCGGGAGAUCCAUAAAGAAAGCAAUGGAAUAGUGACUUGCAAGAACAACUAUGCUUUAUCCAAUAACUGGAAGAGCCAGAAGACCCAGACACUUGGGAAAGGGGUCCAGAUGGUCUUAUUCAUUAGUCGCCUGUGGUUGGGUUUUCUCCUUCCUUUAUUCAUCAUCAUAUUCUGUUAUGUUAAAGUAGCCCAGAGGAUGAGACAAAGGAGGUUGGUUAAGUCUAGCAAACCCUUUAAAGUUAUGGUGAUUUCUGUUGGCUCUUUCUUUGUCUGUUGGAUGCCCUACCAUGUCUACCAGGGUUUACUUAUCAGUGAGUCUCACAUGCAAGUCACAAAACUAACUCUAAUUCUUACAGCCAUUACUAGUUCAUUUAACAGUUUCUUUUCUCCCACAUUUUAUCUAUUUAUUGGAGAGAACUUCAAGAAAGUUUUCAAAAAGUCUAUUGUUGUUUUGUUUGACUCAAUUCUACAUGAAGAGUCUUCUUUAAAGCAGCCCCAAAACCCAUGUACAGAAGUGUCAGUUUAAAUUGUGUAUCCCCAAGCAAAAAUAUCAUCAGAAAGGGAGUUCUUCCUUUUUGUUCAACCCAAAAUAAACAAGGGAGAAGAGCAAACUUAGUUCUAGACUCUGGUGCUCAAAAAUCUAUCUGCAAUCAUUCUUGUUAUUCAAGUCAAGUUGAAAAGAUACUUUUCAUAUGAACUCCAGCCCCUUUGGACAUUCUUUUCCUGGGACUCUUGGUUGAACUUAGACAACAUUUGCCUAUUUUGUCAUUGGGAUCCUGAUGCUGUAUUGACAGCCAGAACUCCUAGACUAUGGACACCACUCUUGUCUCUGUCUCCAGUCAAUUGUCACUUUAUGACAAAGACCUUUUUACCUAAGAGGAAGUGACAGAGAGCUCUUUUUGCUUCUGGACCCUCAUUACUAGAACUGUUCCUGCUAUAGAUUGUCUUGCCCUGUUCAGGCUACAUCACAAGCUGUGGAAUACUGGCAACCCAAGAACCUUGACCCACAUCUGGCUCCAACCUCAGGUGUGACCUGGAGAAAUAGAACAAAAAGCAAAAUCCAGUGUGACAAGAACAAAUCAUUUAAUCUAAUCUGAGUAUUGUUGAGGUGAUACUGCUUCUAAUGGCUCUGUGUUGUUUAGAAUUGCCUUAGUUUCUAGUUUUGAGAAGGAUCAAGAUUAACCUAAUAAAACAAUGAUAUA